AGCAUAAAAGGAGGGGCUUGCAUUCUAGUCAUUCAGUAACCAGGUAUACACCUGGAGAACAGACCCCACUCGUUCAGCCCAAACGGAGGUCCGGCGUCAUAUUUGUCCAGCGUGGUAUUGGUUUUGUUUUUAUUUGUUUGUUUUUCCCCUGCAUGCGUGAUGUAUCACAAUCUAACGCCUGAUAAUAUGGAUGCAGCCCCCUCCAGCUUGCGGACAGAGUCUCCAGUCGGGACACUCUGCCAGAAAUCGCCUGAAGAGGCCACCUCUCCAGCUUCAUCCGAGAACAACACGCAGGAAGCAAGCCAAUGAACCGCAAAGCUCUCACCAGGCAACACCCAAAGCAGGCGGGAAUAAGGGAAAAAAUGCUGCCAGGAAGGGAAAAGCAGAGCAGCUUUCCCCAGAAGAGGAGGAGAAAAAGAGGAUAAGAAGGGAGAGGAAUAAAAUGGCUGCAGCAAAGUGUCGCAACAGAAGGCGAGAGCUCACAGACACACUUCAAGCUGAGACGGACAAGCUGGAGGAGGAAAAAACAGCCCUGGAGACGGAAAUAGCCAACCUGCUCAAAGAGAAAGAGCGCCUUGAGUUUGUCCUUGCUUCACAUAAACCAGUUUGUCAGAUGCCAGAAGAGCUCGAGUCCAUUUUUCAGGAGCCAGCGGGGUCCUUGGAGCUACUGCCCAGUCCAGAUGAGGACAGACUUCCAGAGGAGGACAUCCAGGAAGCACCUUCACUCCCAGACUUGGACUUCCCCAAUGAUCCAUCCACAGCUAUCUCUGGGAACUCUAAUAUCUUACUGUGUGCCAGCGCUGAGAUCAACAUCUGCGAUCUUGAGCCGUCUCUGGACAUUAAGGAUGGACUUCUAGACAACAUGUUACCCAGUUUGGAGGAGAAAACCUCCUCGGAGACGGCUCGAUCAGUGCCAGACAUAGAUUUGAGCAAUUCUCUUGGGGUGUCGGACUGGGAGACCUUGUAUAAGUCUGUUUCCAGUGACCUAGAGCCUCUCAGUACCCCUGUAGUGACGUCCACCCCCACCUGCAGCAGCUACCUGUCUGUGUUUACCUUUGCCUGUCCUGAGCUGGACUCUCUGGCAGAGGGACUGGACCAUCUCAAAGGUCCAGGAAGCAAAGCAGAAUCCGUAGACAUUCUCAACUCCCCGACUCUUCUGGCCUUAUAAUGCAAAAGAGAUGAGUUCAAACCCAGAACUUUGAAAUGAAAUCAGCAAUGAAUGCCCCUUAUGCUGUAAUAAGAGUUCAUGAAAUGUCUCGUGUGUGACUACACAAUCAGAAACAUUCUCCAGAUGCUCAGCCAACAGAGCGGUGUAGCUAAAAAGCAUGGCUCUUCACUUACCAGGAAAGACUGGAUUAUAACGCGCAUGAAGAUAUUCCAAGGGAUUUUUCAGAGCCCACAUAUAUCCGAUCUGUUACUCGAUCUACAGUGUAUCGUGGCAGUCGAAGUGUUCCAGUACGGUUUUGUGUUUUUUGGUGUCGGUAGUGUAUCGAUUGCUGUAAACGCCGUAUUUACUCAUCCACUCGUGUUCAGUAUACCUGCAUACCUCAAACGCCAUCAACUGUGGAUUGACCUCAAUGUUCAAAUGUUGACAGUUUUCCAUGAAAACAUCCAGUGCUAUAUAGUACAUAUAUAUGUUAUAAAGAUGUAACUUAUUAUUUAUUUUUUUACCUUAUAGAUUUGUUAAAAAAAUGAAAAGAUAGGCAUUAAUUUUAGGGCUGUGUGUCACUGCCAAAAUUAACAAUAGCAGUACCCUUAGCAAAAAGUAGACCACUUGAAGUUUAUUUUAUUACGUACACUUGAGAAUGAGAUUAGCAAGUAUACUAUAGUGUGGGAAGUAUACCAACUGAAUACUUCUUCAGUCUAAAUUGGACCAUUUUAAGUUUACAAUAUAGCUAUAAAUAGAAUAUAAAAAGUACACUUUAAGUAUACUGCCUCACUUUUACUAUGAAAAAAGUAUACUUGUAGUAUACUGAAAUAGACUACUUUUUGCUAAGGGAAAUAUCAACAAAUUUGCCAAUUUGGUUUGAAAAAUGUUUUCACACUCUUAAAAGAAGUAAAGCUUAACUUUUUAUUUAUUAAGUUGGGAAUAUUGUCAUCAAAAAAUAAGAGUUAUUUUUGACUGGAAAGAAAAUACAUAAAAUAACAAAAAUAUUUCUGAUUAUUUGAUGUGUGAAUUGAUGAUAAAACUCAAUUCAUAAUUUUAUUUUUUAAAACCCAGACAUAAUUGAUUAUAUCCAUGCUGGUGAAUGAUAUCAAUAAAUUCUUCAAACUCUU